CGUGUUUGUUGUGCGCGUGCGUCGCUCCUCGGUCCCGAGCCCGCCAUUGGCGUUUUCCAGUCUGCGGCGUCCGACUGGCCGAGGUUCGGGGCCGAAAGCGGGGCGCGCAUAGCGGCCCCUCUCCAGGCAGCUUGGAGAGCUCCGUUAUGGCGGAGGCGGAGAGAGCGAGCGUGGCUACAGUUCCUGGUUCUGGUGCCGAGGGCAGCGGUCAGUCGCCUGCAGUCGAAGGAGAGGGAGUUGGGGCGGGGGGCAAAGAGAAGGACGCGGACGCGAAGGAAAAGGAGGCCGGCGGGGACAGCGAGGAGGACGGCGAGAAUGUGUUCGAGGUGGAGAAGAUCCUGGACAUGAAGACUGAAGGGGGUAAGGUCCUUUAUAAGGUUCGUUGGAAAGGAUACACAGCAGAUGAUGAUACCUGGGAGCCUGAGAUUCACCUUGAGGACUGUAAGGAAGUUCUUCUUGAAUUUAGGAAGAAAAUUGCAGAUAACAAAGCUAAAUCAGUGAAGAAAGAUAUCCAGAUCCAGGUGUGUAAGACCGGCCAGGUUAGUCUUGAAAGGUAA